UCAUAUUCAAGGACCCCCAGCACAGAUUGUUGUUUCGCCAGUCACAAAAUAUUUCCAAAGUUCUUGAGGGAGCUUACAAAUUGCCGAGUUUCUAAGUAACUCUACGGUAUAUAUUUCUUUAAUCUAUCCUGUAGCAUAGUGGACUACACAGUGAUAAGCUGGGACAAGUAGAAGGAUGGCGGGUGAAGAGCCGCCAUACUUGAAUGUCGGCGUAGAAGUCAGUGCCAAAUAUAAAGGCGCAUUUUGUGAAGCUAAGAUCAAGAAAGUUGUCCGCCAAGUAAAAUGCAAGGUAGUGCUCAAGGAAGGCAAUAUGUCUGUGAUGGUGACGGAUGAGCACAUCAAAGGUCCCUUGAGGUUGGGUGCAGUUGUUGAGGUGAAGAACCCAACAACUGGACAGACGGUAGAAGCAACAAUUGCAUCAGUAAAGGACUCCAGCAUGUAUACUGCCAUAUUUGAUGAUGGUGAUGAAGCAACUCUACGUCGUACACAACUUUGUUUAAAGGGGGAGAAGCACUUUAUCGAGAGUGAGACACUGGACCAGCUACCGCUGACCCACCCUGAACACUUUGGGACCCCAGUAGUGCAGAGCAGAAAGAAAGCAUUAUAUCCUGAAGCCGGCAUGUCCAAGAGACGCUCAGGGGCUGCAUUGAGCAAUGAUGAGUUUUCAUCCUCUGAUGAAGAUGAUGACACACCAAAGAAACGAGUCUAUAAAGGUCGCCUUGUGGACAUGAUCGGCAAGGUGGUGAAUGUUGAAUCUACAGACAAACGUAAAGGUUCUACGUGGGUGCCAAUGUUAGUGGUGCUACCCUCUGCCAGUGACAUUGAAUUAAAGACUAAAGAACAUUUGUUGGUCAGAUCAUUCAAGGAUAACAAAUAUCAAGCUGUGCCCAGAAAGGACACAAAGGAGUUUACCAAAGAAGUAGCCAUGAAGAAUGAUGAUAAAAGUCUCAAGGUUACCAUGGAGAGAUCUCUACGUUAUAUUGAGGAAGAGGAACUUCCUUCUAACUGGAAUAAAAAUGAGUUGCUCGGCAGUGACAGUGAAAUCGACUCAGAAUCGCCUGAGUCAUCAGAUGAAGAGAGUCACCAGGAGAGAGACAGAUUUGUAGCCCAGCUCUACAAGUUCAUGGAUGACCGAUGUACACCAAUUAACAAAACACCACAAAUAGGCAAUCAGGAUCUCAACCUUUACAAACUGUUCCGAUUGGUCAGAGAGAUCGGAGGGUUCAAUAAGGUGACCAAUCAGAUGAAAUGGCGCCAUGUGUACAAUAGAAUGGGCCUACCUAUCACUGGUACAGCUUCCCACCAAAUUAAAUCAGCAUAUAAAAAAUAUUUACACGCCUUUGAAGAUUUCUACCGCAAGUUAGGUAAUGCUAUGGGUACCCUGAGUGGACGUCCUAGCCGGCCAAGUAGGCAGCAGGGACCAUCAACGGGGCGAAGCAUAUUAUCCUUCAGGGAGAGAGAGUCACCAAAGUCGCCACGUAAGGCUGAUAUCAUGAAGAAAGAAAAGGAUGAGGCUCAGAAUGUGAAAGAUGAUGAUAAUGAAAGUGUCCGUAGUGAGGACAGCAGGCCUGAUGUAAGCAGCAGAGACAGUCCACGCAGAGGGAGGCCUAAAGCCCAUCUCACCCCCACACGUGAAUCAACACCUACUCGGAAAGACCCCUUGGAAAAGAAACAAGUCGAAGAUAAAAAGGACAAAGGAAAAGAGGACAAUAAGAGAACAUCAAAACCAACAGAGAAAAAACUAGAAAUGUUGAAAAAGGAAGAAGAAAAGAGACAGAAGGAGGAAAAAACUAAAGAAAAGAAUACACCACCUCCUAAAUUAGAAAUGACUAAAAAGAUGACUCGAAGUACAUCUGUACUUGAUACUCAAGAUACUAAGGAGAAACCUCCUGAAAUUAAGGAAAAGGAGAAGCCAAAAGAAGAAAACCCAUCGGUCGAAAAACGAGGUCGUAGAUCAAUGCGUGGAGGGGACAAGCCAAGUGAGGAAGAAGCCACGAGUAGAGAAGAUAACACAGCUACACCUCCUCCACCUGUCUUGGAAUCUCCUAAACAACAGCCCUCUGUGACUCGUAGAAGAUCCAUGCGUGGUGGGGACAAACCCGAUGAGGAAGAACACUCAGAUAAUGUAACAACCAGCAAGAAGGAAGAUCCUAAAGAGACCAGGAAGAGGGAGGAAGUGAAGAAGAAGGAAGAGUCUAAGAAAAAAGAAGAGCCAAAGAAGACAGUUGAAAGUGACGAUGAAUCUGAUGCUGGCUCUGAGAGAACACAACCAGAGCAUGAUAGAACGUCAGAGAAAGAGUUUAGGCUUAGUAAAGAUGACGGAGAUUACCCUAUUGGUACUAAACUCAAGGUUAAAUAUGGCAGAGGAAAAAGUCAGAAAAUAUAUGAGGCAAAGAUCUGCGAAAGUGAAAUACAAAAUAAUGCUCGGCAGUACUUGGUGCACUAUGCAGGCUGGAAUACAAGGUAUGAUGAGUGGGUGAGGAAAGACCGUAUAGUUAGCUAUGUUCCCUCUCCAGCACAGAAGAGCUCACCCAGACCCAUGAAGCCAGGCUCGGAAUCUCCCAGAACCCAGAACCCCAAGACAACACCUCAACCUCCUAUGAAGAGCCCAGAUUCUCAACCCAAGAAACGUGGGCGGCCAUUUACAGCUGAGAAACCCAGUCCCGAUGUAAAGAAAACAGCACCAGAAGUCCCUCAAGUUAAGAAACCUGCUCAAGAUCUGAGUCGACGUCCCAGGAGCAAGUCGCCAGCUUCAUCCUCCGUGCCAGCUAAACCACGAUCUACACGUUCACACAGCGCAGAGCUGUCAUUCGCUGCUGGUCUGCCUUCUAAGCCCAAGAGAACUAGGAAGAACUCUGGAUAUACAGACAAUUCAGAACAAGUUUCAGUAUCAGAAGAAACAGAUUCUGAAAGUGACAUCUCUGUUGAUGAGAAGAAAGAGCCAGAACCAAUGGAGACUGAUCAGCCUCCAGAACCAAAGAAAGAACCUCUUCCAGUAGAGCCACCUAAGCCAUCGAAAGCAAAAACCACUGAACAAAAAGACAAUGUAAAAACCAGGGAUGAAAAGCCAACAAAAAGUGACAAAUUAAAAGAAGUGAAAACUGAAGUAAAAGCUCUUGAGCAAAAGGAAACCUCUCAAAAGGACAAAGAGUCAGUUGAAGUUAAGGCAAGUGAAGAAUUGGAAGAGAAGAUAGUAGACGAUGAUAUGAAAACUGAAGAAAAGGAAUUUACUCCAUCAGAAAAAGAACAAAAGGAAGAGAAAGAAGCUAAGACUGUAGCCACUAAAGAGGUCAAGACAAAACCUAUUGUCAAGGAGACCAAACCUGUAAACAAAGAGCCUAAAGUAGAAAUUAAGCCUCAAACAACUGAAGAUAUUACAACUAUGAAAUCUGAAAAAGUCGAAGAAAAUAUUGAAACUGAAGUCAAACCUGAACCGAAACAAGCCAAAAAGACACCCAAGGGUAAAUUAGCAGAGAAAAAAGAGACAGCUAAGCGUGAACCAAGUGAAAGGAAACGUCAAAUCAGUGAGUCCAAAGUGCCUAAAGAAGAGCCUCAACCCCCUAAGCUUGAGGAAGAAGCUCCUGUUGAGAAAGAAUACAGCCAUGAUGACCCUCUACUUGAUAUCGCCACCAGAGGAGUGGAGAAAGAAAUGCAGGAAGAGGAAAGCAAGAAAACUAAGGAAGACGCCAAAAAGAAGAAAACAAAGGCAGUUUUACUAGACAGAAAAGCAACAAUUGUUUUGGAGAGAAAACUUAAACAGAAGGAAUCUCCAGAGAAAUCAAAAGAGGAUAAAGAUGGCGAGAAAAAGAAAGUGCAGAAGAAAGUUAAAAAGAAGAAGAAAACAGCUGAAGACACAACAGCCAAAGUUAGUGGAGAAACACUCAAUGAGGAUGGUGAAAAAGAUCCUUAUGACUUUGGAGAUUCAGAAUCUGUAGAAGAACCAAUCAAAUUAGAGCAUGUGGAAAGACGCGAUCCAGUUAAAUUUGAUCGUCAGUAUGACAGUUUGAAAAUUGAAACUGUGGAAAAUCAGGAGAUUAACCCGCCGACAAUUCCCAAAGUUGACGCAGUUGUAAAUGACUCUAAACCAGAGAGCUUGAAAUCUCCGCAGGCUGGUCCUAGUAAAUCGAAACCUCUGCAUGCUCAGGACGAUUACGUAGCCAGGAUAGAUACUUUAUUAUCAGCAACAUGCAUGGAAAAUACUCCCCCUACUACACCCGAUACCUCUCCCAGGAGACAAGAACCUUCAUCAGAUAUGUCACCCCUCCCCGAAGAAUCAUACAGUACUACCCGCAGUGAACAUGAAGCCAAUAUCGAAGUGGAACACUUCAUGCAUGAUCGGAGGAGUCAUCCAGCAGGUGAUGAGUCGCCUAAUGGUUGUAAUGCCUCCACAAUUUCUAACAGUAGUGGAGGUAGUAGUGGCAAUGCCCCUAGUUCAGAGAGCAGUAUUGAACCUACCAGUAAACGUAAAAUUGUUGAGUCCCCCGAUGAACAAAUAGCCGGAAAAAGGCGGAAACGUGGCCAUAAAAGAGGCAGCUCAAACAAAACACAUAAAACUAAAGAAAACAAAGGAAGUGACAGUGAUGAGGCUUCCACUGCUGAUCCGUCCCUAGCCAAUUCCACAGCCUCACUUUCAACUUCGCCACUGAAAAAGCCAACAUAUGAACCAAGACCAAGAUCUCCAAGUUCUUACAAAUACAACUUCCAUCUAGAGGAAGGAGCACACCUUGUGGGUGAAGAGAGGAUCGCAUUCAUCCAGGCCAAGAUGCAGGAGAUUCGCAAGAUCUACGGGGAGUUGAAGCAAGAUCUGGCCUCCAUGGACAGGAAAAGGAAGCGGGCCAGGAGGAGGGAGAGGGAAGCUGCAGCUGCUGCUGCCGCAGCGUGUCUGUCUACUCAGGGUGCUGGAGGAGAAGCAGAAAAGGCAUAAUCUACCCAGAGUGCAUUUAGAAAGACACACAAGGCACAUUAUACCCAGGGUACACUGAGAGACACAUAAUGCACGAUGCACCCAGGGUGCAUUGAGAAAUACAAACAAGGCACAGUGUACCCAGGAUGCAAUGAAAAAAGACAUAAUCUCCAUAGGGUACUUGAACUUUACCUGUGAAACAUAUUGAGCAGUAUUUCGUACUUGACAUGUAUAUAAACCUACAUAUUAAGUUUUUCCAAACAACUACAAUCAACAUUAAAGGUAGAUGACAGUCAUGAAUUUGUACAAUUGUAGGCAGUAUUCGGAACUAAACUGCUAAGAAGAGGUUUAUCAUUGUCAUUGUAUUUAUAAACACAAUGAUAAGGAUACAAAAAUGUACUAAGCAUUAUUAAAGGUGAGAAAUACAGGUGCUCUAAGCCAUAUAUAGAUCUAUGCAGUGUCAUAUACUCCAACAUAGUUUUUCAGGUCAACUGGCCAAAACUAAAUUACAUGUACCAAUUACCAGUUGUCAUGUUGUGAAGUCAAUGCUGAAGUAAUCAGCUGUUUGGUUGUAAAAUCCAUUGGGUCCAUUGACCCAUGGGUUGGUGCUUUAUGGUGUAUCAUGGAUCUAUAUCACAUCUAUCAUUAUAACAGGGCAUCCAGGGCUCUUACACGGAAAUAUUUAGGGUGUGGUGG